AUGCUUCCCACAGAAUGGACUAUCGGACAGAACGAAGGGCGACUUGUCGUGCCCAGGACGCCUUCCCGUAUACCCCACAGCAGACACGGAGCUAUUACAAGCCGAGCAUCUGCCCACCGGGCGCACAGGCCGGCAGUCGGCUCCCGUGCCGGACCAGCUUAUGUGGAUACACAUUGGCGCAGCGCCGCUGCCGCUGAGGGACAGCUGCGGCGCAUUGUACAUUGUGCAAACUCGCAACCACUGAAUUCACGGUCACAGACACCCAACUUGCACCGGCCAAGGAGACCAUCCAACUCCAUACAUAUGGACAACCGGCGAAUACACUUUACGGUGGGCAGCUCAAUGAGCAUCUCAUCGCAGUCAGCAAGCGACGACUCGGCAAUGGAAGAUAUUUCUAACGGCAAAAUCCCCAGCUCAUUAGAAUCCGCAAUAUCAAGCUCGCGCAGCACACUGGCAUGCUCAACUACGUCUUCAAUGAGCACAGCAUGCGAUGAGGCCGAGCCGUCGGGUGAAAGUAUGCUGGCACGGUGUAAGCAGUUCUUCAAACGGCUGAACCACAGGAGUAGUCUGCACCCAGCAUCCAGUGCCGAAAAGGCUUGGCCGGCAUUGCCGGACUCGUCCCUGACCUAUGUGCAGUCGGAUACUGGGCUGUCGUUUCGCUCAGUGUCGUCAGGGAUCAGGAUAGCACCAGCCAGCUCACGGGGAGCCUCAAUGCCCGUGCUGUCUUCAGCAGCCGAAACUAUGGGCGGCGGGAGGACGGCGCUGUGGACAUCAGUUGGUGCUGACGGAUGGGUGAAGAGAAGACAGUGGUAG